CUUUUUGGUGCUGCACUGCUCAAAAUGGCUUGGUAAAGUUGCAGAAAGAAACAACUCGGUUCUUGAGUAGAGAAGUGAAAGUUGAGCUAGCAGAGAGGGCUGUCUGUGUUUCCUAGGGACGCACAAAGUGGAUGUAUACAUUAUAGGGUCCUUUUUUAUAGGACCGUUUUGCUCUUGCUUUUAAAACAGACGGUCUGUCUGUACAAGACUGACAAUAAAUAACUCUCUCGAGCGCUGUGGAGAGAUGGAAACUGCAGCUGAGAAAUGAUUUUGGGGAAAGGAAGACAGAAAAGCACAAGCAAACUAUUAUGGAAGUACCAAUAGCGCUCUAAAGGAUCGGCAAAUGUACCAGCUAUGGAGUCUGGCUGUAGUCCCAGCAAGGGAGAUUUCUCUUCAGAGAAAACCUGUUAACCAUUUGGAGGGAGUACAUGUGAAUAAGACGGAGUUAUUAAAAAACCCUCUGCUUCAGGUUUAGCCUCCCAGCGGGGGACGUCUUUGGUGAUCUGCAAGAUUAUCUGUACUAGAAAUGGAUAACUUCACAAAUGGGCAGCCGGGCCCAGGUCAGAGGAACAGGUUGAUGGGAUUGCUAGAAACAGAUGACAGUAUCCAGGAAGAUAAACCUGCAUCUAGUAAAAAGGAAGAAAGAUCAGGACAUGGAAAGAAAGGAGAGCCACGACCCUUGGAGACGCCUUAUCAGAAGGAGAGCAGUGACUUUCCUCCUAAAGUCAAGAUUAAUCUGAACUAUCGGCCAGGGCUCGUCAGCAACCAAAAGGACCCCAAUCGCUUUGACAGAGACAGGCUCUUCAGCGCAGUCUCAAGGGGCAGCCCUGAGGCACUGGAUGGUUUACUUGAGUACUUACGGAGGACCUCCAAAUUUCUCACCAAUUCUGAAUACACAGAUGCAAAGACUGGGAAGACCUGCUUAAUGAAAGCCCUGUUGAACUUAAAAAAUGGAAAGAAUGACACAAUCCCACUUUUGCUGGAAAUAGACCAAAAGACACAGAAUCCCAGGCCACUUGUUAAUGUGGCAUGCUCUGACUGUUACUACAGAGGCCAGACAGCACUCCAUAUUGCCAUAGAGAAAAGGAGCCUAGAUUUAGUGAAACUUCUAGUAGAGAAUGGAGCUGAUGUCCAUGCCAGAGCCCAUGGUGAAUUCUUCAAGAAGAAGAAAGAAGGAGUUAGCUUUUAUUUUGGUGAGCUUCCCCUCUCCUUGGCUGCUUGUACCAACCAGCUUGAGGUGGUGGAAUAUCUUCUAAACAAUCCCCACCAGAAGGCCAGCCUCCAGGAGCAAGAUACACAGGGCAACACAGUCCUCCAUGCCCUGGUGAUGAUUGCAGAUGACACUGAGGAGAACACCAAGUUUGUGAGCACAACAUAUGUUGAGAUCUUAAAGGCAGGUGUGAAGGUUGACCCAACGUGGAAACUGGAGGAGAUAGUGAACUAUGAUGGACUAAAUCCUCUGCAGCUUGCUGCCAAGACAGGCAAAGUGGAGAUCUUCAAGCACAUCAUCCAAAGAGAGAUCAAAGACCCAGUGUACAGGCACCUGUCACGCAAGUUCACUGAAUGGACGUAUGGACCUAUCCAUGUGUCUCUCUAUGACUUGUCCUCUAUAGACAGCUUUGAGGAAAACUCUGUGCUGGAGAUUCUGGCAUACAGCAGUGACACACCGAAUCGGUACAAGAUGGUGGUUUUGGAGCCACUGAACAAACUGCUUCAGCAAAAGUGGGAAACAUUUGCUUCCAAGAGAUUCUACUUCAGUUUUGUCUCAUACUUGUCAUUCAUGAUCAUCUUUACAGCCAUUGCAUACUAUCAACCCUUACGGGUAAAGCCUUCAUUUCCAGUGGAGUUCACAGCUGGAGGCUUCCUGUGGGUCUCUGGACUGAUCAUUAUCUUGCUAGGAGGCAUUUAUCUAAUCUUUGCUCAGAGUCUGUACUUGCGGAGGAGACGCCAGUCCCUGAAGACUAUGUGUUCUGACAGCUGCAUUGAGAUCUUGAUCUUCAUCCAGGCUUUCUCAUUGCUGCUGUCAGCCGUCCUGUAUGGUGCAAGUUCAGAAAAUUAUGUGGCAGUGAUGGUGUUCUCCCUGCUUUUGGGAUGGGUGAACACGCUGUAUUACACUCGGGGCUUUCAACGCACUGGGAUCUACAGUGUCAUGAUACAGAAGACUAUCCUGAGAGAUCUACUGCGUUUCCUCUUGGUUUAUAUCAUCUUCCUCUUUGGCUUUGCUGCAGCUCUGGUUACGCUGAUGGGGGACGCUCCUUCGGUCUCUCAGAACAAGUCUCUUGCUCAGUUGGAGAGUGCUGGGAGCCAUGCUAUGUACGGUGGGCUGCUUAGUGUUUCCCUGGAGCUCUUCAAGAUCACCAUUGGGAUGGGUGACCUGGAUUUCCAGGAACAUGCCAGAUUCAGAUACUUCGUCAUGUUCCUGCUGCUUCUCUUUGUGAUCCUCACUUACAUUCUUUUGCUCAACAUGCUGAUUGCGCUCAUGAGCGAGACUGUCACAGAUAUUUCUGGUUACAGCAAAAGCAUCUGGAAGCUGCAGAGGGCUAUUGCUAUUCUAGAAAUAGAGAAGGCCUGGCUGUGGCGCCAAGGUGGGAAGAGGAGAUCUGGCUGCUUCAUGUCAGUGGGCCUCAAUAAGAAAGAUGAGAGGUGGUGUUUCAGAGUAGAGGAAAUUAAAUGGACGAAUUGGGCAAAGGAUGUGGGAGUUCUUAAGGAAGACCCUGGAAACACCAGUGAUUCAGAAAUAAAUCCAGAAGAGACAAGAUCAUGGAAACGGAUGCCACAGAAACAACUGAGAUCAGCUGUUUCAGAGGAGCAGUCACUGUUACAGCCCCAGCUAUCAGCAACUGAGAUGAUACCUCUAGAGGGACAAACCAGAAAUCUUUAGCAGGUUUUCUGGAUUACAACUUUGCUUCCAUCUUCAAAGGAGUAGUUCUUCCUAUAGCGGCUGGAAGAAUUGAAGGCAUUAUCAGUAUUAAAGUACAUUUCAUCGAAGACUGUGGUUCAGCCUGUGGCUUUAAAUAUUUUCAUGCACUUUAAUCAUUAAUUUCCUCUGAAGAAACUAUUUUUACUCAACUUUCUCUGCCUGACACUUUCUUAUUGCUAUGUCUAAAGGUAUAAGAGUGAGAGCAAGAUCAUGGGGCAGUGGGGAGUGGUCUUUAGGAAGGCAGUGCUUUCUGAGCUGUAUAGAAAUAAUGCUAUUUGCCAUAGAGAAGCAAAGGAUGGAGUGACCUAUCUAAGAAUGGGUCGACUGUUAUUUUUUUGUCACAGGAGGCUACACUGAAGUACUUUGGAAUAAAGAGUGUUGUAGAGUCAUAAAAAGUUGCUAAGGAUGGAGUUGGCUUCUGUGCAAAGCACUGUUGGUGUGAGACAUGAGUGGACAAACACACAGUCUUCAGUCAUCAAGAGCCAUACUGAGUCUUUAUGUCAGUAUCUGCAGUGCUUGGUGUUUAGCCGACAUCACAAUUCC